CACUUCCCUGCACAACUAUAAAUGUUAUUAAAACCUCAACAUCACCAAAUCUGCACUGCACAUAACAAUUCCAUUCAUCUUGAAACCAAUGGCAAGAAAUGUUGGCUUUCUCAUAUUAGUCAUCCAUGCUUUGCUCCUAGGCCUUGCAGCUGCAGACUGGAACAUCUUGAAUCAAAAGAAAGCCAAAUAUGGUCUCCAGAUCACAUUGAAGAACUAUUGUGAGAGCUGGAGGAUGAAUGUUGAGCUGCACAACAUUCGUGACUUCGACGUUGUCCCUGAGGAAUGUGUGGGGUAUAUAGGAAAGUACAUGACAUCAACUCAGUACAAGGUGGACUCUGAGAGGACGAUCGAUGAGUGCACCGUUUAUCUCAGUACCAACUGUGGUUUGAAGAAAGACGGCACGGAUGCGUGGAUAUUCGACAUCGAUGACACCCUUCUUUCCACCGUCCCAUACUACAAGAAAAACGGGUUCGGGGGGAAAAAGUUGAACUCAACAUGCUUAGAAGAAUGGAUGCAGCAGGCGAAAGCUCCAGCAUUAGAGCACUCCUUGAGGCUGUUCAACCAGCUGAAAGGGCUUGGAGUUCAGAUCAUUUUAGUGUCUUCAAGAAGGGAGUGCCUAAGAUCUGCUACCAUUGAUAACCUUGUCGAUGUUGGUUAUCAUGGAUGGACUAGUCUCAUUCUAAGGGGUCCAGAUGAUGAGAACAAGGACAUACAGAAAUACAAGGCUGAUGUGAGGAAGCAAUUGAUUAGCAGCGGGUACCGUAUUUGGGGGAUUUUAGGCGACCAAUGGAGCAGCGUUGAAGGGCUUCCAACGGCUAAAAGAACCUUCAAGCUGCCGAAUCCCCUCUACUAUGUUGCCUGAUGAAAUGUCUCUAAGUUCUUUUUGUUUGAGAUGAACUGGACAUUCUACUGCAACUUUUUCCUUGUGUUCUCACUCGAGCUUCAGCUGUACCGUAUAUCAAGGCAUUGAUUGAUUUUAUGGAAAACAAUAAAUUUUUUUCAUUAA